ACAUCAAACCUGACCUCUUCAACGAUAUCGUCGCGAUCACAGCGUGAAGAAGAUGAUGUAUUCGAAGAGCCACAAAAUUCUGAAUAUUCGGAUGAGAGCAGCGAGCAAUCGGAUCGAUCAGGUGAUGAAAGUGAUCAUUUUAAGUCGGCCGAGUCGCUAGAUUCGUCAAGCGAGAGUUACUUAACAACGAUCUCAUCGCAUUCAUCCAAUCAAUCGUCACCUCAUCUGCAGAAUUCUGUUGCCACUCAUCCAUCGCAAACUUCCGAAACGGAACAAGAGCAUCGGCGAUGGCAUAUUCAUUCUAAUCAGAAACCGUUAUCAAAUGAACGAUUCCCAGCAAGUGUUCAGUCGAAUGAUUCAGGAAGCGCAUUGAAGAGCUCAAAUGAAGGUGAACCGCCAAUCUUUGAGCUGUUUCCCCAGGAUUUUUCUUAUGACUGUUGA